AUGGAUUCGUAUUCUGUGAAGGAGUUCAUACGAAGGGAAGUUCCGGAUUGGGACGAUGAGGUGGUGGCGACGGCCAGAUUCAAGGCGUUUAGUGGUCAGAGAUCAGAUUGGGAACUCAGAUUUCAGUUUUGGCGCGAUCUGAUCAUCAAAGCUUCGCGUCAGUUCGGAGUGUUCAUCAUCGAUCCUGUCCAGGUGAAACAGUCGUGGUUUGAUCGAGGAGGAAUGACGCCUUUAUGCAUUGAUCACGUACUGUUAUUGAUGCACAGUGAAGGUGAUGUUGUGCGGGUUAACGAACUCGAAGAUCAGGGCAGUGGCCGUAUAUCUCGUUUGUUGUGGACAGUGAGGAAUUUAAUGGUACAAUCUUCGGUGAAGCCGGGAGAGAUUCUCGAAAACAAACUUGUUAUCGUCUCACUCUUGAAGGAGAAGGCGGCUGAUGUGGUGAAGCUUUUGUGUGAGGGACACUGGACUUCGACUUGUGUUGUCACACUGAACAAGUUCCGGAACUUGUGCAACGGUUCGGAUGAGGAGGCAUCUGCUAUAUUGAGUCACUUGUCAGGGUGUGGAAAAGCGCAUAAAGUCUCUGUCAACCGGGGAGAAGUGAUAGAGGGUGUUAAAGUGUCCCUUUCAGAAGCAGCACUUCCUAGUAUCUCAACUUUAGACUGUGAUAUUCUGCACUUGCUGAGGACUACAGAAAAGCUUCAAGAUCAACUUGAAGUGAUGGACCAACGAUGUGAAACGUCAAGGAAAUCAGCGUUGGCAUCUCUAAAGUCUGGACACAGGAAAGUUGCUCUAAGGCAUGUAAGGGAAUUGAAGUUGGGGACUCAGAGCAGAGAAACAUGCACGUCACUUCUGAAUAGAGUAGAGGAAGUGUUGAACACUAUAUCGGAUUCUGAGUCAGCCAAAAUGGUAUCCGAAGCCAUAAAAACUGGAGCGAACGUAAUGAAGAACGUCAAGAUCAAUGCGGACGAUGUUCACGACUGUUUGGAGGAAAUCGAAGAAACUAUUGAAUCACAGAAACAAGUCGAAAAAGCUCUCGAAUCAGCUCCAUAUUCAGAUGUUGAUGAUGAAGAUAUCGAAGAAGAAUUCAUGAAAUUAGAGAUGGAGCUCGAAAGCGAGAGUUCCCACGCCAAACCAGCGACUUCAGAUGCUGCAGAUUCACUGACUGACAUGUUCUCAGAGCUUAAACUUGGCAAUACAGAACAGUCUUCGGAAGAUCAAGCUACUGAGCCAGUUCGAAUGAAAGAUAGCGGGAAAAAGAUUCUUGAAGCAGCGUAG